GCUUCCUCUUUUUGGACUCUAGGAAGUGUGCUGAAUUUAAAGACGAAGUGAUGAUCUUCCUCAACACCUUCUUUUUCUUUCAUCUCCUGUUCUUCGCAAUAGGGGAACGGUCAUACUCGGUAUCACUGCCAGAGAGACUCUAUGCCUUAGGGGGAUUCUGUGUGGUGAUUCCCUGUUCAUUUGAUAUCCCUGAUUUUGAAACCAAACUGAACAUCUCUAAGUCAAUUAAUGGAUUGUGGAUUAAAGGCGGAAAAAAAUUUGAUAAUCUCCCAGUGGUUUUCAAUGGCACUACUAACAUAACCAAGUUGUUUGAGAGAAUAGAGAUCACUGGAAAUCUACAUCAGAGAGAUUGCACAACUAUCUUCUACAACGUGAAUCAAAGCCAUGCAGAUAAAUACCACUUCAGAACUGAGAUGACCAAUGAACUAUAUACGUUCAAGGAGUCAUUUUGUCUGAUUGUUGAAGAUUCUCCAUUGAGUCCACGGGUAUCAGAGAUGUCUGAGGUGUCAGAGGGGACAUCAGUGAAUCUGACCUGCACUGCUGCUGCUCCCUGUCCCUCUCAGUCUCCUACCAUCACCUGGUCUCCUCCCACUGGGAACACACACACUCACAUACAGGAUGAGAAGGAUGGCAACAGAUCCCUUGUGUCUUUUUUGACCUUCACUGCUUCCCAUAGUCACCAUGGGAGAAAAAUCUACUGUACGGCUUCUUACCCCAGACAGAACGGCAGCUCUGUGGAAGCCAACAGCACUGUGCAGAUACUCAGAGUCUUGUUCUCUCCUGUGAAUGUGGUGGCCUCUGUGAGCACUUCAGGUCCAGCAGCAGAGGGCUGUAGUGUGACUCUGACCUGUAGUAGCAGUGUGGCCAACCCUCCAGUGCAGAACUACACCUGGUUUAGAAGGGGCCAGCACACACCUAUAGGAUCUGGACAAACCCUCACCUUCAAUCUCAGCUCCAGUGAUGAAGGACAGUACUACUGCAGGGCAGAACAUCCACAGGGGGGAAAGGAGUCUGCUGCAGUUAAUCUGAUGAUUACAGUGCGUGAAUUUUUCCUAACCAUCGGGGUAUCUGGAGGAUCUCUGGCAAUAGUAGUCCUGAUGGCUGUACUGAUCAUUUGUGCUAAGAGACAUAACAAAUCCACAUCAACUAAAGAGCAGACUUCUGAGAGUGAGACCUCAGCUACAUGCGAAAAGGAAGAGCCUGCACCCACUAGUGGACUCAAACCCUCAGAAGAACAAGUGGAGCUCCACUAUGGGGAGAUUGACUUCUCCAAAGUGCCUCUCAGAGACACCCACGAGGGGCAGGAGCAGGCACCAGGGCAGGAGACGGAGUACGCAGAGGUCCGUUUGUCAGGCAGAGACGUCCCGGCUAGUGAUCAGACAGGUCCAGACAAAGAAGAGCUUUAUGCCACUGUACAGAAGUAACUGUAUUUUCAAAUUCAAUUUAAACUGAAACUAUUUUGAGAAAAUGCCAUGUGUGCAGCCUUUUGUCCUCUGCCAUCAGACU